AUGUCUUCCAGAUGGUGCGCGUAUUUCGACGAAACAAAUCCUCAGGACUACCGGUUUCUUGAUUUUUACGAGUAUCGUUCGAAGCAAGUUGACUUCACCCUCUCUUUUCAAAAAGAGUCAUACAAAUUACAAGCAGAUCUAGCUCUUCUCACAAAGGAGGGCUCACAAGAAAUGAAAGAAGUUGCUAAUCUAAAGGGAGCCCCCAUAGCUACGGUAACAAUGGAAUGCUGUUCACCUUAUGGAUGGAAUGCCCGCUAUGGGAAAACAGAACCCGUUUACACAACUACAACUACGGUGACAAUGGAAUGCUGUACACCUUAUGGAUGGAAUGCCUGUUGUACUAAAGACCAUCGUGAAACUCUUCGCAAUGUCGAUGUUUUUUGGCAAAGAAUUGAACUGAAUAUUGAGCUACAGGCUCAGCUACAGAAUAUAGAGGUUGAGGGUACUAGCUCGUUGAUAAGCACCUCCGCAGAGACUCUUAAAACUGCUGUUGGAAACAUUAAUUGUACUGUUGAAAACAUUAAUAAUACAUUGAAAUUAUCAGGUAACUCAACGCCCGGGCAAAAGCGAGCUUGCGAAAAUGAUACAGAACUGCCAUCAACUCCUCCAAAUAAGGUCAGAUUGUUGGACACGGAAUACAACAGUGAUUUUGGACUCUGUAAUGGGGAAUCUUCCUCAUCAGAUUCUGAAAUUGUGCCAAGAUCACUUACAAAUAUCUUUCUAGAGGCAAAAAAUUUUGGUGAUGGCGAUGGUGAUGAUGAUAACGAAUCUGUAGAAGUCAAUGAACAAAGUAAUCUUGGAAAACCUAUUUCAGAGCCUUUGGAUAAUAAUGAAUAUGGCUAUGUGCCAAAACCCAGGAUUACGAGAAAUAAACCCAAAUAUAUUCAGCAUGACCUUGCACAAAA